AUGGAUACUACCAAGAAAUCCCCCUUGAAGCCAUGGAAGAAGGGUCCAACACGAGGGAAAGGCGGCCCCCAGAACGCUUCGUGUGAGUAUCGAGGUGUUCGCCAAAGGACUUGGGGGAAAUGGGUUGCUGAGAUCAGAGAGCCAAAGAAGAGAACCAGGCUCUGGCUUGGUUCUUUUGCCACGGCCGAAGAAGCCGCCAUGGCUUAUGACGAGGCUGCACGGAGGCUCUAUGGACCGGACGCGUAUCUUAACCUUCCCCACCUGAAACCGAGCUCCAACUUUCCCAUCAAAUCUGGGAAAUUCAAAUGGAUGCCAUCCAAGAACUUCAUUUCAAUGUUCCCUUCUUGUGGACUACUCAAUGUGAAUGCUCAACCUAGUGUUCAUUUAAUCCAUCAGAGGCUUCAGCAGUUUAAGCAGAAUGGGGUUGUGAAUCAAUCUCCUAGUUCAUCCAAUGAUCCAAAGGGUGAAACUAAGAGUGUAAAAGAAAGCAAAGUUGAUGCAGAAGAAGAUCCUCCAGAGGAGAAAAACACUCGAGCAUCAUCGGAGGCGAUGCUUGGAGAUCUUCACGAGAAGCCACAGAUAGACCUUCAUGAGUUUCUUCAGCAGAUGGGAAUACUGAAAGCAGAAAUACAGGAAGAAAGAACCGAUAGCUCGGGGAGCUCGACAGUGCCUGAAGCUGCAUCGUGCGAUGACUAUGCUCAACUAGGCCUGUUUUCUGACAACAGUGUUAACUGGGAGGAACUGAUUGGGAUGCAUGGAAUUGCAGAUUUUCCAGAAUCUGAAUCCACCCAGUUGGAAGCAUAUGAAACAAAUUAUGAGCUUGAUUUCUAUUCUUCCAUCUGGAACUUCUAAGAAACUUACCUGGUUUUUCGGAAAAGA